CCUUACCUGUAUCUUAGUUGGCUUCAAUGCCCCUCUCCUUCUCGGAAAUCUCAAUUCCUCCAUCUUUAUAUUCACCAUUGUUCCCCUCCUCCUCCGUCUCAUCUCAUCUCAUCUCUGCACUCGCUUUUCCCAAAAACCUUCAUCUUUCUCUGCAACUUACGGCUUCUGUUUUGUCCUUUCAAUGGCGUCGCAAUCAUCCACAGCAUCAAACCAACAGAACCCCUCUCCGAAUUUCCACGAUUUCUUGCCUCUCAUGGCGAACAAGCUCGGCGGGGACGCUCUGAUUGGGGAGCUCUGCAACGGAUUCAAUCUCCUGAUGGACGCCGACAAGGGGGUCAUCACGUUUGAGAGUCUGAAGAGGAAUUCUUAUCUGUUAGGGUUGCAAGAUUUGGCGGACGACGAUCUGCGGUGUAUGUUGAAGGAAGGUGAUCUCGACGGAGAUGGCGCUCUCAAUCAGAUGGAGUUCUGCGUGUUGAUGUUCCGGUUGAGUCCUGAGUUGAUGGAGGCUUCGAGGUUUAUUCUUGAAGAAGCUCUCGAACAGGAAUUCAUGGAUUAUUAGCUGAUGAUUUGAUUGGAUAAUUGUUGAAUUAUACAGGAAGAACAAAAAAAAAAAGAAUAUUUCGAAAGAUUUUCCCUUUGUCUGAUCUCUUGUUCAUUCACUAACUCAUUUAUUCUUGUUUAAUAUGAGAGGUUGAAAGAAUUGCAGUCAACUCAUUUAUUCUUGUUUAAUAUGAGAGGUUGAAAGAAUUGCAGUCUUACUGAAAUUAAAUUUUCCA